AUGGCGGGCCGCGGGACGCCGGGGGAGAAACGCUGGCAGCUGGUGCGCUGGUACGUGCAGGAGGGGCGCUUCCGAAUUGAGGAGAGGACGCUGACCGCCUUCCAGUGGCUCUACAGCCCACAGCAGCACCGCAUCCUCGGCCGAGCUGACCUCGAGGCUCCCUCCCGGAUCGACAAGACCAUGCUGGCAAGCCUGAAGGUCAAGAAGCAGGAGCUGGCCAACAGCUCGGAUGUGGCCCUGCCGGACCGGCCGCUGUCCCCUCCUCUCACGGCGCCUCCCACCAUGAAGUCCGCGGAGUUCUUCGAGAUGCUGGAGAAAAUGCAGGGGAUCAAGCUGGAGGAGCAGAAGCCGGGACCCCAGAAGAACAAGGACGACUAUAUCCCGUACCCCAGCAUCGACGAGGUUGUGGAGAAGGGAGGCCCGUACCCCCUGAUUGUCCUGCCCCAGUUUGGGGGCUACUGGAUCGAGGACCCGGAGACCGUGGGCACGCCGACCUCGCUGGGCAGCAGCAUCUGCGAGGAGGAGGACGAGGGCGGCCUCAGCCCCAGCACCUUCGGCUACAAGCUCGAGUGCAAGAGUGAAGCCAGGGCUUACCGCAGGCACUUCCUGGGCAAGGAUCAUCUAAACUUCUACUGCACCGGGAGCAGCCUGGGGAACCUGCUCCUGUCCAUCAAGUGCGAGGAGGUGGAGGGCAUUGAGUACCUGCGGAUUAUCCUCAGGUCCAAAGUGAAGACGGUGCAUGAACGGAUCCCCUUGGCUGGCCUGAGCAAGCUGCCCAGCAUCCCGCAGAUUGCCAAGGCGUUCUGUGAUGACGCAGUGGGACUGAAAUUCAGCCCUGUCCUGUACCCCAAGGCCUCCCACAUGAUUGUGUCCUAUGAUGAGCAUGAUGUCAAGAACACAUUCAAAUUUGGGGUCAUUUAUCAAAAAGCCAAGCAGACACUGGAGGAGGAGCUGUUUGGGAACAACGAGGAGAGCCCCGCUUUCAGGGAGUUCUUGGACCUGCUGGGGGACACCAUCACCCUGCAGGACUUCAAAGGUUUCCGAGGAGGCCUGGACGUGACCCACGGACAGACGGGGGCGGAGUCGGUGUACACGAUAUUUCGGGACAGGGAGAUCAUGUUCCACGUCUCCACAAAGCUGCCCUUCACCGAGGGCGACGCCCAGCAGCUCCAGAGGAAGCGACACAUCGGGAAUGACAUUGUGGCCAUCAUCUUCCAAGAAGAAAACACACCGUUUGUCCCAGAUAUGAUCGCCUCCAACUUCCUACACGCCUACAUCGUGGUGCAGGCCGAGGGCCCGGGCACGGACACCCCGGCCUACAAGGUCUCCGUCACCGCGCGGGAAGACGUGCCUGCCUUUGGCCCACCUCUGCCCAGCCCCCCUGUUUUCCAGAAGGGCCCCGAGUUCAGGGAGUUUCUGCUCACCAAGCUCACCAACGCAGAGAACGCCUGCUGCAAGUCGGACAAGUUCGCGAAGCUGGAGGACCGGACGCGGGCCGCCCUCUUGGACAACCUUCACGACGAGCUCCACGCGCACACGCAGGCCAUGCUGGGACUCGGCCCGGAAGAGGACAAGUUUGAGAACGGGGGCCACGGGGGGUUCCUGGAAUCCUUCAAGAGGGCCAUCCGCGUGCGCAGCCACUCCAUGGAGACCAUGGUGACCAGCCAGAAGAAGCCGCACAGCGGGGGCCUCCCCGGCAGCCUCAGCGGGGGCAUCGCCCACAACAGCGUGGAGGUCACCAAGACCACCUUCUCGCCUCCGGUGGCGGCGGCAACUGCGAAGAACCAAUCUCGGAGCCCCAUCAAGCGGAGGUCGGGGCUCUUCCCCCGUCUGCACACGGGCUCUGAAGGCCAAGGGGACAGCCGGACACGGAGUGACAGUGCAUCCAGCAACCCCAAGACUGUGGACGGCGGGCACUCUUCGCAGGAGAUAAAGUCCGAGACCUCGUCCAACCCCAGCUCCCCGGAGAUCUGUCCCAGCAAGGAGAAGCCCUUCAUGAAGCUGAAGGAGAACGGCCGGGCCAACAUCUCCCGCUCCUCCUCCAGCACCAGCAGCUUCAGCAGCACGGCCGGGGAGGGCGAGGCCAUGGAGGAGUGUGACAGUGGGAGCAGCCAGCCGUCCACAACCUCGCCCUUCAAGCAGGAGGUGUUUGUCUACAGCUCGUCCCCAAGCAGCGAGAGCCCCAGCCUGGGGGCAGCCACCACGCCCAUCAUCAUGAGCCGGAGCCCGACAGAUGCCAAAGGCAGAAAUUCCCCGAGGUCAAACCUGAAAUUCCGCUUUGAUAAGCUCAGCCACGCGAGCUCCAGUGCGGGUCACUAA